AUGAAGCUCGCAUCAAUCACCCUCGUUACUCUAGCGACUGUCGUCGCCGCUACAGGCGACCAUGGUCAUCCUCCUUUUCCAGGUCCACCCUCGCCGCCUGGUCAUGGCGGACAUGAUGGUGACCAUGGCUAUCCACCUCUUCCGGGCCCUCCUGGACCUCCUGACUGCACGACGACUGACAAGCCCCCUAAGACUACUAAGUCGUGGGGCGACAAACCACCUCACUGGACGACCUCAACUGUCUACAGCGUCACAACUUCGACUACCGACUGUGAUGAAGGCCCCACGACGACCAUCAUCUCCAUCCCGGUAAGCACGACUUUAUGCUCCGUGACCGAGUCAGAAGGUACGACCUACGUCACGACAAGUAGCAAGUCGCCUGUCACCACUUACCUCCCCUCUCCUACGGACACCGUUGUGGUGCCUCCAGGGCCGCCUAGUACCUACAGCGAGACUUAUCCUGCCAACCCUACCCACUCCGAGAGCGUCCCAGGAGAGACCUCGUCUUCGGUCGAGGCCACCUCUUACCCUGCUGUCCCUCUACCCGUUCCCACCUCUGAGUCCUUCCCGACUACCAAGAUUACCAAGCCUCCCACCGUCGGCACUACUAGCACGGCCAAGACAUCUGCUACUGCAACAAGCACUCAGUCUCCUGUCACUGCUGCCGCCGUGGCAAAUGCCAAGGGAGCCGGAGCUGCCUUGGCCGUUGCUGCUUUCGCAGUUGCCAUAAUCUAA